CCAACGGACCAGGCUGGGGCCGUGAGGUAACUGCUGCAGCCCGCGGGAGCUGGGAGGCGACACCGAGUCUCCAGUCCCGAGAGGUGCCCGAGGAAAAAGGCGGGGUCUGCCGGAGCGGUGCCGGAGAGAAGCCCCUUCCGCCGCUCUCCUCAGCCGGCAUGUCGCGGAGCCCGCCGCUCCUCCGUCCGCGCGGCGGGGACCCCGGGCCGCGGCGGCGGGCACAGCCCUGACGUGCUGCGGAGCCGGGGGGCGCCCCCACAGCGGGGCCGAGGGGUGAGGGAGCGCGUCGGUCCGAGCUGAGCCCCGCGGCCACCCCGGUCCCGGCCAUGAGGAGGGACGAGCGAGACGCGAAAGCCAUGCGGUACCCGCCGGCGGCGGACAGGGCCGGCUCGCCCCCCGAGACCCUGAGGAACGGCUACGUGAAGAGCUGCGUGAGCCCCUUGCGGCAGGACCCCCCGCGCGGCUUCUUCUUCCACCUCUGCCGCUUCUGCAACGUGGAGCUGCUGCUGCCGCCGCCGGCCUCCCCGCAGCAGCCGCGGCGCCGCUCCCCCUUCUCCCGGGCGCGCCUCUCGCUGGGCGCCCUGGCCGCCUUUGUCCUCGCCCUGCUGCUCGGCUCGGGGCCCGCGGGCUGGGCUGCCGGGGCCGCCCGGCUGCGGACCCUGCUGAGCGUCUGCUCGCACAGCCUCAGCCCCCUCUUCAGCAUCGCCUGUGCCUUCUUCUUCCUCACCUGCUUCCUGACCCGCGCCAAGCGGGGCCCCGGCCCGGGCCCGAGCGGCGGCGGCGGCGGCGCCUGGCGCCUGCUGGCGCUGCCCGCCUGCUGUUACCUGGGGGACUUCUUGGUGUGGCAGUGGUGGUCGUGGCCCGGGGGGGACGGAGAGGCGGGGGCCCCGGCCCCGCACACGCCGCCGGCGGUGGCGGGCAGGUUGCUCUGGGUGCUGAGCUGCGUGGGCUUGCUGACGCUCGCGCGCCCGUGGAGGCUCCGGCACGGCAUCCUGGUGCUGCUCUUCUCCAGCUUCGUCUGGUGGGUCUCCUUCACCAGCCUCGGGGCGCUGCCGUCAGCCCUCAGGCCGCUGCUCUCCUGCCUGGCGGGGGCCACUGGCUGCCUGCUGGCCCUGGGCUUGGAUCACUUCUUUCAAAUCAGGGAAGCGCCUCAUCAUCCUCGGUUGUCCAGUACCGCGGAGGAAAAAGUGCCUGUGAUCAGACCCCGGAGGAGGUCCAGCUGCGUGUCCUUCGGAGAAACUUCGGCCAGUUACUAUGGCAGUUCCAAAAUGUUCAGGAGACCUUCGUUGCCUUGCAUUUCCAGAGAACAGAUGAUUCUUUGGGAUUGGGACUUAAAGCAAUGGUAUAAACCUCAUUAUCAGAAUUCUGGAGGUGGAAGUGGAGUUGAUCUUUCAGUGCUAAAUGAGGCUCGCAAAAUGGUGUCAGAUCUUCUGGUUGAUCCAACCCUUCCCCCACAAGUCAUUUCUUCCCUGCGGAGUAUCAGUAGCCUGAUGGGUGCUUUCUCAGGUUCCUGUAGGCCAAAGAUUAACCCUCUCACACCCUUUCCUGGAUUUUACCCCUGCUCUGAAAUAGAGGACCCAGCGGAGAAAGGAGAUCGAAAACUUCACAAGGGACUACACAGUAGGAAUAGUUUGCCAACUCCACAGCUGAGGAGGAGCUCAGGAACUUCAGCUCUGCCACCUUCUGAACAGUCGUCUUCAAGGUGGGAACGCAAUAAUGGCAAAAGGCCUCACCAAGAAUUUGGCAUUUCAAGUCAAGGAUGCUAUCUAAAUGGGCCUUUUAGUUCAAAUCUACUGACAAUCCCGAAGCAAAGGUCAUCUUCUGUAUCGCUAACUCACCAUGUAGGUCUAAGAAGAGCGGGUGCUUUACCCAGCCUGAGUCCUGUGAAUUCUCUCAGUCAUGGACCAUUGUCGGCUGGCUCUCUAACUAAUCGAUCACCUAUAGAAUUUCCUGAUACUGCUGAUUUUCUUACUAAGCCAAGUGUUAUUUUACACAGAUCUCUGGGCAAUGCACCCAAUUCACCAGAUUUUUAUCAACAACUUAGAAAUUCUGACAGCAAUUUAUGUAACAGCUGUGGACAUCAAAUACUGAACUAUGUUUCAACAUCUGAAUCAGAGUCUGGUAUAGACUGCCAGAGUGGAAAAUCAGGUGAUGAAGGCAACACCAUUUUCUCAAAAGAAUCAUUCAACCUUACAGAAGCUCAACAAGAAGUGGAAACAGAGAACAGAGACUGCAGAAAAUUAUGUUUGGAAGGUGAUAACCACCUAACAGAAGAGGCAGAGAGUGAACAGCAACCAAAUAUUGAACAGGAAGCAUCACUGGACCCGAUUUUAAUAGAAGAUUAUGAUUCAUUAAUAGAAAAGAUGAGCAACUGGAAUUUUCAGAUUUUUGAACUUGCAGAAAAGAUGGGGGAGAAAUCAGGAAGGAUCCUCAGUCAGGUUAUGUUUGCCUUAUUUCAAGACACUGGUUUAUUGGAGAUAUUUAAAAUUCCCACUCGACAAUUCAUGAACUAUUUUCGUGCAUUAGAAAAUGGCUAUCGAGACAUUCCUUAUCACAAUCGUAUACAUGCCACAGAUGUCUUACAUGCAGUUUGGUAUCUGACAACACGACCAAUUCCUGGCUUACAGCAGACCCACAGUGAUCACAGAACAGGAAAUGAAACAGAGUCUGAUGGUAGAAUUAGCCCUGGGCAAAUUGCUUACAUUUCUUCGAGGAGCUGCUCUAUUCCAGAUGAGAGCUAUGGUUGCCUGUCUUCAAACAUUCCUGCAUUGGAAUUGAUGGCUCUAUAUGUGGCAGCUGCCAUGCAUGAUUAUGAUCACCCAGGGCGGACAAAUGCAUUUCUAGUGGCUACAAAUGCCCCUCAGGCAGUUUUGUACAAUGAUAGAUCUGUUCUGGAAAAUCAUCAUGCUGCAUCAGCUUGGAAUCUGUAUCUUUCUCAUCCAGAAUACAACUUCCUUCUUAAUCUCGAUCACGUGGAAUUCAAGCGCUUUCGUUUUUUAGUCAUUGAAGCAAUCCUUGCUACAGAUCUUAAAAAGCAUUUUGAUUUCCUUGCUGAAUUCAAUGCCAAGGCCAAUGAUGUAAAUAGUAAUGGUAUAGAAUGGAGUAAUGAAAAUGAUCGCCUCCUGGUAUGCCAGGUGUGCAUCAAACUGGCAGACAUAAAUGGCCCAGCUAAAGUUCGGGACUUGCAUUUGAAAUGGACAGAAGGCAUUGUCAAUGAAUUUUAUGAGCAGGGAGAUGAAGAAGCAAAUCUUGGUCUGCCCAUCAGUCCCUUCAUGGAUCGCUCUUCUCCUCAACUAGCAAAACUCCAAGAAUCUUUUAUCACCCACAUAGUGGGUCCCCUGUGUAACUCCUAUGAUGCUGCUGGUUUGCUACCAGGUCAGUGGAUAGAAGCAGAAGAGGAUGAUGAUACUGAAAGUUGUUAUGAAGAAGAAGAUGGUGAAGAAUUAGAUACAGACGAUGAAGAAAUAGAAGACAAGCUAAAUCCUAAACCACAAAGAAGGAAAGGCAGACGGCGAAUAUUUUGUCAGCUAAUGCACCACCUCACAGAAAACCACAAGAUAUGGAAGGAAAUCAUAGAGGAAGAAGAGAAAUGUAAAGCUGAUGGGAAUAAACUGCAGAAAGAGAAUUCUUCCUUACCUCAAGCAGAUGAGAUUCAGGUCAUUGAAGAAGCAGACGAAGAGGAAGAGAGACAGUUUGAAUAAAAGAAGAGGCAUAUUGAUGAAGCCAAGGGCAGAAAUCAUUGUCUAGUGUCUGCUGUGCUGACUUUCAACUGACUGUUCCUACGUGGACAGGCCUUAGUGCUGUGAGAGGAUCCUUGCUGUGCCAGCACUUUCCCACUCAUCUGCACUUUCACCACAUGAACCAGAAAAGUCUUAGAGCUUGGCUUCAGUUGACUCACAUUCAAAGUCCUUAAUGCCUUCACUGGUGUAUAAAUACUUUGUCAUAACACUGCUGUGCUGGGUAGUAAGCUCUUAUUUUUCAUGAGAGGUAGCUAUAACUAAAAGCUCAAGUGACUUACUUUGGUUUCCAAAGUGGCUAGAACUUUUUGCCUUCAUGAAAACAGGAUUCAUAUUAUAUUUCUAAAUGUGUCUUUUAUGUCUGAAUAUUUUGGAAAAAAAAAGUCUGUGCCUAUCUAAAAAAGAAUCCAGUGUUGCCUUUCUGAGGGAUCUGUUCAAUGCAAUACACUGUUCAGUGCUGUUCUCCCAGCUAGGUUUAUUCAUGAAGGACUGAGUGACCUUUGUUAUAUUUAACAAAAUCCAGGUGCAUCAAUUUCUGAUGCUUCUUACUGUAUUAUCUACUACGUGUGUUUUACUUCUGCUGAGAGUAUUCAGGUUUGCCGUGGACAUCAGAAGUUUGAAUUCCAGUCUUACUGACUUCAUAUUCUUUGUUGAAUUUUAAAGCUGUUUAGGUUUAACAAUGAAAGAAUUUUAUUCUUUAGUCAAAACUAUUCUUAUUUUUCUCUUGCUCAGGAUUAGUAUUUUUAAACAUUUAGGUAAUAUAAACACAGCACAGAUUUGUGAGAAAAAAAAUUGUCCUAAAAUUGAUGUUAAUCUUUUAUGAAAUGAGCAUUAUUUUCUCUCUUCUUAGAUAAAUUUGAGACUAAUUAAAGCCAAGGAAAAGCAGAUGUCUGUCUUUUGCUUUAAUACAAAAAUCAAAUGAAACUAAUCCUAUCAAAAAUAAAGCACAAAAGAAAUAGUGUGAGCUCUACAGGACACAUAUAUUGAAUAAAGAAUUGGAAUAUGUGGUUAUCUUUACAGCCAUAUCUUAGGUGUCAUGUGUUUAGUUACUGUAAAGCUGAUGUUCAUCUUUUUGUUAAUUUCCUUCUGCCUCAAGACUACAUGACAGAAAUGACCUAUGACUACUCAAAACUCCUGCAAGUCUAAUUUCUGAGAUAAAGUAAAUGGUGGGAAUACUCAUUUAAUUUUUAGAUAACAAAUCUAAAUAUUUUAGUAAAUCAUUUCACACAAAAGCACCUUAGGAUAAUUGCAAAGAAAAUGGACCAUAUUUACAACGUUUAAAAACUUGUUAGAGUGCAGAUAUGUAUACUAGUUGUGAAAAAUAUUUGAAGAUACAAAGAGCAGCCAAAAUGAUAGCAAGAUGAUAGACUAGUAUUUUCCAUUAUUCUUGGAAACUAUUAUAUUUUGGAUUUGUGCAGCUUUUAUAGACAGUGAAACCAUUAAUUUUCCAAGGUAAUUCCUUUAAAGUAUGAUAUCAGCAGGCAAUUUCUUACCUGCCUAGAAUAUUUGGCCUAUCUGAAAGAUAUAAAUUAAAGAUCUAUGGAAGUGUUGGAAGUUUUGAUCCUGUACAGUAUCGUAAUAAUUAAUCACUAAGCUUUAUUUAUUAGACAUGUUGAGUGCUGAGUUCCUUCCUGACACCUCUGCUACCAUUGCCACAUCAUUUGUAAACUGGUCCCACUUUACUGAGUAAUAAAACUUUAACUAA